AUGGAGUCUUCACCUGUGACAGCGUUCGACGCGAACGACACCGCAACCAAGAAAGAUCCCGGAGUCUUUGUAUCCUCUGAGAGUGAUGUUGCAUCAUCUCAAGAGCCUACUGCUCCUGGCAGAAUCUCCGGAAAGAUUGACGUGCUCGUGCAAGGUGUCGCAUUGUUCUCUGAUGGAUACAACAUCCAGAUCAUCGGAUACAUGAACACUGUUCUGGCCAAGCUAUAUCCGAAGCAGAUGACGAAUGCCGUAAAGACUAGGCUUUCCAACUCCAUCUUGAUUGGUGACAUUUUUGGCAUGCUCAUCUUUGGUCUCUGCAUUGAUAAGUUUGGUCGAAAAGUUGGUAUUAUUCUGACCACUCUGUUUUUGGUACUGGGUAUCGUGAUUGCGACUGCUGCCCAUGGCACCUCCGUCGAGGGCAUGUUCUGGAUGAUGGUCAUCGGCCGUGGUGUUGCGGGUGUCGGUGCUGGAGGAGAGUACACGGUCUGCACAUCGCAGGCUUUGGAGUGCGCCGAUAGUACGGAGGCCAUGCGCAAGCGACGCGGAAUGCUGGUCGCCGUUUCAACAAACGCCGCCAUCAUCUCUGGCUUUGUCGGAUCUAGCAUCGUCUCGCUGAUUGUCAUUGCGGCAUACAACGGACAAGCCAGUGACGGAAUUUGGCGCAUAUGCUUUGGCGUCGGAAUCUUCCUUCCUCUGGCCAUCUUCUUCUUCCGGCUGCGACUCGUCGAUUCACAGCAGUACCAGAAACACGCCAUCCAGCGCAACAUCCCAUACCGCCUCGCCCUCAAGUUCUACUGGAAACCGCUCCUCGGAUGCUGCAGCGCGUGGUUCCUCUACGAUUUCGUCGUAUACCCCUUCAACCUGCUCGCACCGACCCUCGUAUCCGGCUUCUCCACCCAGGAGACACUGAUCCAGUCCAUCGGCUGGUCCGCCCUCGUCAACGCCUUCGCCCUGCCCGGCGCCUUCAUCGGCGCGCUGCUGAUGGACCGCAUCGGUCGCCGCCAGACCUACGCGCUCGGGUGGGCCAUCGUCUCCGUCCUCGGCUUCGCCAUCGGCGGCAGCAUGAUCCAGCUCAACCACGUCUUUCCGCUCUUCGUCACCCUCUACGGUCUGUUUCAGACCUUCUUAUCCGUCGGCCCGGGCGACUGUAAUUUCUUGGUCUCGAGCGAGUCUUUUCCCACGCCGCUCCGGGGUCAUUUCCUCGGUUUCGCGGCUGCUGUGGGUAAGGCCGGCGCUGCUAUCGGCACGACGGCACUGAGUGCGGCUCUUGCGAGCUUUGAUGAAAAGUUGAAGGGGCAGCAGGCCAUUUUCCUCAUCGGGAGUGGCGUUUCUGUCGUUGGUACUCUGUGUGUUUGGUUCCUUAUUCCCGAUGCUCCCAAGCAUUUAGAAGAUGAGGAUAUCCGCUUCAAAAAGUAUCUUGAAUCCAAUGGCUACGACACUAGUCAGAUGGGGCUCAAAGCAUAA